AUGUCACUCUUUCACACCAUCGAACCUAAAGAUAUUUGGUUUGGAGAUCAUUUGUACAUCUGGUCUUCACCGUUACAUCAACAUCAUGGUAUUGUUUUAUUUGUUAAUAGCCAAGAUUACGACGAAUCAGAAGUCUUGGAGUUUAAUACGUAUGACGGAAGUAACAAACCCGCUCAUGCUGUUGUUCAAAAGGUUUCACUUAAACAUUUUCGAAAAAAUUGCACAUUGAAACGUGUUGUAUAUGGUUCCAAAUAUGCUCGUUUUAAAUUAGCUGGCACUGCCUAUAAAUUUCAAUCACUUCAGCCGGAAUUUGUAGUUGAUAACGCUCAGCAUAUUCUUGAACAGGUUAAAUUUGGAGAAUGUCUUAUCAUUCCAACUGAUUUAACAUUAUCGGCAUCAUCAUCUUCACACUAUGAUCUGCUUUUACGCAAUUGUGAAUGCUUAGCUUUCUGGUGCAAGACGGGUAUGUGGUACAGUGAACAAUUAGAGAAAGUGGUUGAUUGGAUUGCGACACCAUUAGUGACCUUUCUCAAAGCCGUCAGUGAUUACUUGAUUACCAAGCAAAUUAUACCUGCACUUGGUCAAGAAGCAAUGAGUGAAGUAAUUGAAAGCUCAUUAUGUAUUCUUAAAGACAAAUUUUGUUUGACACUUCUUGCAGAAGGUAUUGGCAAUGCAAUCGCUUUUGUUAUUGUUGAAUUAGUGAAACUUAUAUUUCGUUUAAUACAAUACAAAGACGGACAAAUGACAGAAGAAGAAUUCUUGAACAAAACAAUUACAAGUCUUGUCAAAGGUUUUACCGUUGGUUUUUUUGCGUUCGCCAUUCAAGCAUUGCUAACUUAUUUUACAUUCGGUACUGCAGCUCUAUGUCCUUGGAUUGGUGGAUUUGUUGGUAGUGUUAUUGGAUCUUUUGUUGGAAAUAUCCUCGGUCGUUUUGUAGUCAGUGGACUCGCACAAUUGCGCGAUAAACAGCUGUCGAUCAUUGAUUAA